CAAUUAUUAUAUUAGGAAAAUGUAACACAGCCUCUUUCUUUUUGGUGGGGUGAGAAUGCCAUACUUUUGCACACCUUCGGCGAACCCAGGAAAAAGAAAGAAGAGAAAGAGACAGAAGGAGAGAGAGAGUUCUCAGAAAGAAGUGACGCCAAGCGAAACCCCAGCGAAGGAGAGGGAAAGGAGCGCCGAAGGAGAGGGAAAAGAGAAGCGGGAUGAGGAGCACCGUACAGUUACAACGGCCUGGCGGCGGCGGCGGAGAGGCAGACGGCGACGGUGACUCCGAGCCAGGCGUCCCCUGUUUCUGCUGGUGGAGGUCGCUUCCGGAAUACGAAGCUGGCGCCGGGUUAGAGACACCGAAGGCGGCGAAUACGAGAACCGCGACGGCGAGGAUGAGGGUUGUGAGGGAGUUGGAGAGGCUAGCGGCGGCGGCGUCGGAAUCGAUUGAUGAGUUGCGGCAUCGGCUGCUCACCUACAAAGCAGGGGAUCUCUGGUUUCCUGCUGGAGGGAUAACGAAGCAGGACACAGAUAUACCUCCGGUGAUCACUUUGUUGUUGCUUGGCUUCGCUGGAGUUGGCAAAAGCUCGCUGGUUAAUCUCAUGUAUUCGGUUCUUGGGAGGUCCGGCUUUGUUCCGUUCGCUCACACUUCGUCCCCUGCGGGCAAGGAAGGGAGGACGCUGAACUUGGAGGAGCACAAUGUUCUCCGUUCGAUGAAGAGCGGAUUCUGCGUUUUCGAUUCUCCUGGCCUUGACUACGAUCAUAUCUCCGAGGGCUUUGAUGAAGUAUCUCAUUGGGUGGAAGAUGGCGUUCGCCAUCGUCAGCUCUGCCAUAUGUCCCCAUCUUCCUCCUCGUCAUCUUUCCCCUCCUUCCCUUCUACGUCCACCUCCACCUCCUCCUCAGCAGCAGCCGGCAACCGAUUCAUGCGCCGCCGUGUAAACUGCGCCUUCGUCGUAGCAAACCUCUCUGAGCUCCACAGCUCGCUCGCAUCCGGCCAUCUUCAACCCCUCGAUGCCACCCGGCAGCUUUUCCACCAUCCAUCUAUUAGAGAGAGUUGCAAUGACGCACCCAUCCUCAUCCUAACCCAUGGCGACGAGCUAACAGAAGAUGAGAGGAUCGAUACGAGGGUGGCCCUGUGCGACUAUUUGGGCGUCGCAGAAACUUCCGGCGUAUACGACAUUCCCUGCCUGAACGAGCACGGCGUCCACAUCGAUGAGUUCGAACCGGUCACGGCUUACGCCGUUGCAGAGGCAGUCUACCGAGCGCUGGUGGUUGCGGACCGGUGCCAUCCGCCCAAACCGGGUUUAAAGGACUGGUUAUUGGUGGCGCUUUCAUGGGCAAUGUGCGCUCUUUCGGCUUUUUUUGCUUUCCUUAGCUGCUUCUGUUCUAAGCUUGCCAAGCUUAAUAGAGAUUAUCAGAAAAAGAGAUGAAGGAGAUGGCAUAACUUGUAAAUAGAUAGGGCUGAUGAGAUUCAUUUAUUGGUAGUUUUUAUAAGAUUUUCACUUAAUUAGGGUCUGAUUGGGACAGCUUUUUAA